GGGAGCCGAAAGCGUUACUCCUUAUAAGCCUGGGUGAGAGCUGCGAGGAUGAAUUGCACAAGUUUGACUCUACCGGUUCUCACUGAAAUACCCACUCAAUUCACCUCCUCAAUUCCGCCAUGGCUAAGAUUUACUACGACUCAGAUGCCGACCUUGCCCUCUUGAAGGACAAAACCAUUCUCUUCCUAGGCUUUGGAAACCAAGGCGCUGCUCAGGCUCAGAACCUGCGGGAUAGUGGUAUCCCAAACGACAAGAUUGUUAUCGCAAACCGGGAGGACCACUAUGCCGUUGACGCGAAGUCAAAGGGUUUUAAUGUCGUGCAUGACUUUACCAAGGCCACAGAGGGCGCCGAUGUCGUCUUCCUUCUCGUUCCUGACCAGGUCCAGCCCAAGAUCUUCAACAAGCUGGUCGCCCCAACAUUAAAGGAUGACGCCACGAUCGUUGUUGCGAGCGGAUAUAACGUCUACUACAAGUUGCUGGAUUUCAAGCCCUCGCAGAACGUUGUCAUGGUCGCACCCAGGAUGAUUGGUUCUUCCGUGAGGUCUCUCUACGAGAAGGGCAAAGGCUUCCCGUGUUUCGUAAGCGUCGAACAGGACGGCACUGGCAAUGGCCUUGCACUCGCUUUGGCCCUCUCACGAGCCAUCGGAGCCACAAAGACCGGCGCGAUUGCUAGCUCAUGUAAGGAGGAGACGGCUAUGGAUCUGUUUGCGGAGCAGGGCCUGUGGCCGAACAUCAUCAUGCUCUUCCGAGAGGCGUACAGUGUCUUGAAGGAAGCUGGAUGCUCAGACGAGGCCUUGGUUUACGAAAUGUGGAUGUCCAAGGAACCCGCAGAAAUCUUUGAAGCUGCCGCAGAAGAAGGAUUCAUCACCCAAUUGAAGCACCACUCGUCUGUGUCGCAAUAUGGGCAACUGAACGGGGCCCUCAAGCUCGACGGCUCGGCCAUCCGCACGCACUUCAAAGACAUCCUCUACAACCAGGUUCUGAAUGGCAAGUUCCAGAGGGAGUUCACCGCGAUCGAGGAUGACUUGGAGAAGGAGGGCGACGACAACCCGCUGGCACAGUUGUACAUUAAGUCUGCCGAAUCAGAGUUGGGCCAGGGUGAGAAGCGGGUCAGGGCAAGAUUGGGAUUGUCAUGAUCAGCGUCCUUUGUUCGGCAGUAAAUAUUCAUUGGACUAGAUGCGUCGUCG